UUGGAGUAAAGGAAUGGGGGACGUUUCGGGUCGAGACCCUUUGAUCCAAGGCUGCAUUAAGAUCUGGAACGCAUUGUUCCUGCCAAAAGCCACAUUUGGCACAUGAAAGCAGGUUAAUGCUGGAAUCAGAGACAGGGCAACGGGGCAGGCAAGGAUGAUUUGCAUGUAUCUCUGUGCUGCCGUUGCAUCCACUACAUUUAAAGCAUGGUGCUAUUUGUCAAGCUGCCGGCUUCCUGCCCAUCAUUCCAGUUAUGUCUGUCAACCCGCUGAAGCCAAGGAUGAGAAGAAAACGCGGAAUGUUCUCCUGGCGAUGGGUGUGAUCGGAGGUGUGUCGUUCCUUGUUGCUGUGGUCCACUACAUCCACCUGUCUCCAUAUCCCGUCAUGCUCUCGCAGCUGGCUGGCAAACCGGCCAUUGGCGGCCUGAGCCAUUUCUUCGGUGCUUUUGGUCAGAACAGCAAGUUGCUACGAGGCUACGUCAGCCUCCCGGAACAGCAGCCACUGGACCUCGCCUGUCAACAGUGCAGCAUCAUCUCCAGUUCUGGGCAGAUGUUGGGCAUGAAGCUGGGAGCUGAGAUCGACCAGUCGGAAUGUGUGUGGAGGAUGAACAACGCUCCAACGGAGGGGUUUGAGUCUGACGUGGGCAGCAAGACCACGGUGCGAGUGGUGUCCCACACCAGCACCCCGCUGCUGCUCCGUCAACGAGCUUUCCUCUCCGGCCUCAACAGCUCCUUCCACGUCUUCUGGGGCCCACAGCGUAACAUGCGGCGCGACGGCAAGGGUAUCAUCUACAACAUGCUCCGCACUGUCCACAAUCACUUCCCCGCCGCCAAGAUCUACACCCUGACAGAGGAACAGAUGAGGCUCUGCGAUAUCGCCUUCAAGAGAGAGACUGGGAAAGACAGGGUGUUGUCCGGCUCGUACCUCAGCACUGGCUGGUUCACUUUCAUCCUGGCGAUGGAGGCUUGCAGCAGCAUUCACGUCUAUGGAAUGAUCAACGACACUUACUGCAGGACCGAAGGCCACAGAAAUGUCCCGUACCAUUACUAUGAGCCCGGUAGCCAGGAGGAGUGCAGGGAAUAUUACAUGCAUGAGAACGCACGUUACGGAGGGCACAGGUUCAUCACGGAGAAGACGGUCUUCGCAAAGUGGGCGAAGGAGAGGAACAUCAAGUUCUCCAACCCCGCUUGGCGGGUCUCCUGACCAAGGCCUUCCCUCUGGACUCCACUCCUUGGACAUCACUGGCAGUGGUCAGGACCUCACCAACUCAUAGCUCCACCCUAUCUCCCUACGCCGCAAAUAAAUAUCGCCUCUCCCCGGCCUAUUUGCGCCAGCACCGAUUUGCAACUUUUCCAUUUGUGUUUUAAAGAACAAAUGUGUCGGCAAGCGAAAGUCUUGCUGGCGUUUGUAAAUAGUGUCUUGUCAAAAAUGCCAACCUUCAGCUGAGACUUCCUGCGCUGCAUCAGAAAAGUACUUUGUUGGCCGUGGAACACUUCGGGACAUCCUGAAAGGGACAUGAAAGGUGUUUUAGAAAUGCAAGCCUGUCUCUUAAAGAUGGAGGAGGUCACCACUCCAGACAAGGUGAUGCAGGAAUAAUCGGCAGCUGUUCAACGUACAUCUUGCAGUCUCUUGUCACUAGAGUUGUGCAGCGUGGAAGGGUUGUCCGCUAGUCUCAGAGCCCAGGUCCGUAAAUGUUGCAUUUUAUUCUCACAGGCGACUUGUUGGUCAACGCCUUGAGAUUUUCAGUCUGAAGAAGGGUCUCGACCCGAAACGUCACCCAUUCUUUCUCUCCAGAGAUGCUGCCUGUCCUGCUGAGGUACUCCAGCACUUUGUGUCUAUCUUUAGAUCCAACUGUGGGGAAUUAACAGAGGGGUCAGGAUUGCACCCAAGGAUAGAGAAUGGGAGCUGGACAUCAGCUGAGGGUGGAAAUAACCUGGAAGCAAUUUAAAAUAAUAAUGGAUAAUGUAAAAGGUCAGAACUGUAUUAAAUACACUAUUAGAUUCUUGUAAA